AUGGGAUGGUUUGGCUUGAAGGGCGGGUGGCUCACCUUUUGGGUCACCAUCGCCUGCGCGACAGACAUGACACUCUUCGGCUACGACCAAGGCGUCUUCGGCGGCGUCAUCGUAACCGAUGACUUCCUCCAAACGAUGGGCAUCGUCGGCAACGACAAGCUCCAAUCCACCGUCACCGCAAUCUACGACAUUGGCUGCUUCCUCGGCGCAAUUUCCACCAUAUGGAUUGGCGAGCGCCUCGGCCGCAAGAACACCAUUCUCGUCGGCACCACAAUCAUGUCCAUUGGCGCCAUCCUGCAGACCGCCGCUUUUGGCCUCCCGCAAAUGUUCGUUGGCCGCGUCGUCGCGGGUAUUGGGAACGGUAUCAAUACCAGUACCGCGCCGGUGUGGCAGGGCGAGACGAGUAAGGCGAGUUGGCGAGGCAAGUUGAUUGUUAUUGAGAUGAUUAUGAACAUCUUUGGGUUCUCGCUGAGUAACUGGGUCACGUUUGGCUUCUCAUACCUCACCGGCUCCAUCUCAUGGCGCGUUCCCCUGGCCUUCCAGUUCUUCUUCAUCUUCAUACUCUACGGCACCGUCCCCUGGUUGCCUGAGUCACCUCGCUGGCUCAUGGCUCAAGGCCGCGUCGCCGAAGCCGAACAGAUCCUUGCCGACCUCGAAGACAUGCCUGUCGACGAUGCUUAUAUCCAGACUCAGUCCAAGGACAUCCAGUGGGCCAUCAACUACGAAAGAGAGAAUACCGUCCCCUGGUCGGACCUCCUCCGAGGCCGGACCGGCGAGUCGUCGGGAACGUCCACCAUCCGGCGUAUAUUCCUCGGGUGUGGAACCCAGGCCAUGCAACAAUUUUACUUGAAAGGAGGUGCCCCAAGACAUCUGCACCUUCUAGAAGGUUCAGGUAUAUAG